GGGAACCCGAAGGUACCGUUGCCUGGUGAGCCGCUAGGAUGGCACGGCUGCAGCUAGCGGGGAGCCGGCGCCUCGUUCCCUUGCCCCGCCGGGCGCCCAGACUCGCUCCGCUGCUGCUGCCGCUGCUGCUGGCGCUGCCCGACGGGGCGAGGGCGGACUGCCCGUGCAAGGUCCCAGCGCUGUGCCGUCCCAUCACCCACCGCCCCGACUUCGAGGUCUUUGUAUUUGAUGUUGGACAUAAAACUUGGAAACAUUAUGACUGGUCACAGAUUACAACUGUGGUACUUUUUUCAAAUUAUGACCCAGAACUCAUGUGCCAUGCUCAUGCAAAAGGAGCCAGAGCAGUGCUGAGAGGAGAUGUAUCUGUAAAGGAUAUCAUUAAUGCUACUUUCAGAGCAUCCUGGAUAGCUCAACAAGUUAAGCUGGCCAAAACACAAUAUCUGGAUGGAAUUAAUCUAGACAUAGAACAAGAUGUUGCUCAUUCAUCACCUGAAUAUUAUGCAUUAACUGCUUUAGUCAAAGAAACCACAGACUCUUUCCAUCGUGAAAUUGAAGGAUCACAGGUAACCUUUGAUGUACCUUGGGGUCCAAACUGCGUAGGUGCAAGGUGCUAUAACUAUACCGGAAUUGCAGAUGCCUGUGACUUUCUCUUUGUGAUGUCUUAUGACGAACGAUGUCUGGCCUGUUCACAAUGUAUUGCAGGAGCCAAUUCUCCCUAUAUUCAGACACUAACUGGAUAUGAUGACUUCAUCAAGAUUGGAAUUAACCCUAAGAAACUUGUAAUGGGUAUUCCCUGGUAUGGUUAUGAUUAUACCUGCCAAAAUCUAUCAGUGGAUCAUGUUUGUACCACUGCAAAAUACGCUUGUAGAGAUGCUGUACAUCGUCAAGUGACCUAUCAAACAAUUAUGAAGCAAGUAAAUAGUUCUACUUCUGGAAGACUGUGGGAUAAAAAUCAGCAGUCUCCUUAUUAUCACUAUAAAGAUCAGGCUGGCCAUUUCCAUCAAGUGUGGUAUGAUGACGCUCAGAGCAUUUCUCUAAAGGCAUCAUAUGUACAAAAACAUGGCUUACUCGGCAUUGGCAUGUGGCAUGCAAACUGCCUUGACUACUCUGGAGAUGCUAUAGCAAAACAGCAAACUAAAGAAAUGUGGAAAGCCUUAAAACCAAACCUGUGACCAGAGAUGAACAUCUUUUGUUAAACUAUGAAGAUUUAGAAAAAUGAUCUGUUUAAAUCUAUCUAGUUUCUGGAAGAGAUUAAAAAAUUUAGACCUUUUUUCAUGUUCUUAUAUAUUUUAGUUAUUAGUAUUCUCAAAAACAGAUAAAGAACAAAGAAAUACUUUGAUUGUUUGAAAUUGAAAAAUACCUAUGUAUAUCUUCUGUGUACAACAACAUAAAGGUAAAGAUAAGAAGCAAGUCAACUUACCAUGUCAAAUAUUCCCCUGUAAGAAGUUUAAUACUAUAGCUGGGAACAAUUGCUUUCAGAAUUUUAUUAUACUAAAAUUUUGAAUGAUAAUAAAUGAUAUUAAAAUAUAUACUCACAAAUCAGUGACAGUUUUUAAAAUAUGUAUAAUUUGAAGUGGAAAUUGCUUAGGGAUAGAUUUUUAAAAAUUUAGUCUGGGAAUCUGUUUUAUACUUUUUUCAAUAAAUUUUAAACCUGCAA